UGUUUUUUCCUUCCUAGAAAAGAGAAAAGGAAUUACAAUAAUAGGCUGGUAGAAGACGAAAAAGAUGGAGAUAAGGAAUGGGUUUGUUUUGUUCAAAGAAGAAAAAUGCUAACUUAGUUCAUAUUCUAUUUUUAGUAUAAAGAAAUAGAAAAAACAGGAAGUGAUGCAAAAAAAAGUGUGAGAUAAGUAAACACACCAUGACACGUCUUUCUCUGUGGCACAGAACUAGGGCCCACCCUUCUUCCUCUGUCCCACCACCAUCUCCUUAUGUUAUUGUUAUUGAUUCAUUCAUUCAUCACGUAACUAGAAACUACAAAAGCCUUUGCAUAUUUACGAAGAUUUUCACCAUAUCAAACCUCCAUCAUCACCAUCAUAAACUACUCUUCUCAUCAACAUCCACUAACUUGAUGGAUUUGAGAUUUGAAUACAAAGAAGGUUACUGGAAGAACUCAAGGGAAAUGCAACUAUUCACAUGCAAAUGGUUGCCUAUUUCUUCUUCUCCCAAGGCUCUUGUUUUCCUUUGUCAUGGGUAUGGAAUGGAAUGCAGUAGAUUUAUGAAAGAAAUCGGAGAGAAAUUAGCCUCUGCAGGAUAUGGUGUGUUCGGUAUGGACUAUGAAGGACAUGGAUACUCUGCAGGUGUUCGUUGUUACAUAACCAAAUUUGACAACAUUGUCAACGACUGUUCCAGCUUUUUCAAAUCAAUUUGUGAGCUCCAAGAGUACAAGGGAAAGGCCAAAUUCUUAUAUGGAGAAUCAAUGGGGGGAGCAGUGUCCCUACUAUUACAUAAAAAGGAUCCUUCGUUUUGGGACGGUGCCGUUUUUGUGGCACCAAUGUGUAAGAUAUCAGAGAAGUUGAAACCACAUCCUGUUGUUGUUAGUAUAUUGACAGGAUUGGUAGGAGUAAUUCCCAAGUGGAAAAUAGUUCCCGCAAAGGAUGUCAUCAAUUCGGCAUUCAAAGUUCAGGCCAAACGUGAAAUGAUAAGGAAAAACAAGUUAAUAUAUCAGGACAAGCCAAGGUUAAGAACAGCAUUGGAGUUGCUUAGAGCUAGUUUAAGUGUUGAAACCAUCUUACAUGAGGUAACAUUGCCUUUUUUAGUUUUACAUGGAGAGGAAGAUAAAGUGACAGAUCCAGAAAUAAGCAAGGUAUUAUAUGAUAGAGCUAGUAGUGUAGACAAGACCAUGAAACUGUACCCUGGAAUGUGGCAUGGGUUAACAUCUGGUGAGACUGAUGAAAAUAUUGAACUUGUUUUGGAAGACAUCAUCAGUUGGCUGGACAAAAGAGCUAAGAGCAAGGCAAGUUUGGAGUUUUAUUUACCUGUUCCAACUUACAAGGGCAGUAAUAUUAAUGAGUUUCAGGAAGGCCGCACUCGUGCAUCACUGUAGAAAUUAUAAACACACCUAAUUGGGCAUUUUGAACUAUGGUCAUGUUACACAUAGAUAGGGUUGUUGUGCUAUAUUGUGGCCAACUUCAUUAUUCUCUUGGUACAUAAUAUAAUGGGAUCCAGAUUGUUUCAAAAUCAAA